AUGGUCAGUGAGAACAUGAGCCUAGCCCCUAACUCCCUGGUCAGUGAGAACAUCACACUGGCCCCUAACUCCCUGGUCAGUGAGAACAUGACCUUAACCCCUAACUCCCUGGUCAGUGAGAACAUCACCCUAGCCCCUAACUCCCUUGUCAGUGAGAACAUCACCCUAGCCCCUUACUCCCUGGUCAGUGAGAACAUGACCUUAACCCCUAACUCCCUGGCCAGUGAGAACACCCUAGCCCCUAACUCCAUGGUCAGUGAGAACAUGACCCUAGCCCCUAACUCCCUGGUCAGUGAGAACAUCACCCUGGCCCCUACCUCUAUGGUCAGUGAGAACAUGACCUUAGCCCCUAGCUCCCUCUGUGAGAACAUCACACUGGCCCCUAGCUCCCUGGUCAGUGAGAACAUCACCCUAGCCCCUAACUCCCUGGUCAGUGAGAACAUCACCCUAGCCCCUAACUCCCUGGUCAGUGAGAACAUGACCCUAGCCCUUAACUCCCUGGUCAGUGAGAACAUCACCCUAGCCCCUAACUCCCUUGUCAGUGAGAACAUCACCCUAGCCCUUAACUCCCUGGUCAGUGAGAACAUGACCCUAGCCCCUAAUUCCCUGGUCAGUGAGAACAUGACCCUAGCCCCUUACUCCCUGGUCAGUGAGAACAUCACCCUAGCCCCUAACUCCCUUGUCAGUGAGAACAUCACCCUAGCCCCUAACUCCCUGGUCAGUGAGAACAUCACCCUAGCCCCUUACUCCCUGGUCAGUGAGAACAUCACCCUAGCCCCUAACUCCCUGGUCAGUGAGAACAUCACCCUAGCCCCUAACUCCCUGGUCAGUGAGAACAUCACCCUAGCCCCUUACUCCCUGGUCAGUGAGAACAUGACCCUAGCCCCUUACUCCCUGGUCAGUGAGAACAUCACCCUAGCCCUUAACUCCCUGGUCAGUGAGAACAUCACCCUAGCCCCUAACUCCCUGGUCAGUGAGAACAUCACCCUAGCCCCUUACUCCCUGGUCAGUGAGAACAUCACCCUAGCCCCUUACUCCCUGGUCAGUGAGAACAUCACCCUAGCCCCUAACUCCCUGGUCAGUGAGAACAUCACCCUAGCCCCUUACUCCCUGGUCAGUGAGAACAUCACCCUAGCCCCUAACUCCCUGGUCAGUGAGAACAUGACCCUAUAUAGCCCCUAA